AUGGCUAGAUCCUACCAGCGAUUGUCGCUUGUCUUUCAACUUCAACGUUCUGUUGGCUACUUCAUAUUUCAAACAUACCUGCCUUGUGUGCUUAUCGUGAUGCUUUCGUGGGUGUCCUUCUGGAUUAAUCAUGAGGCAACGAGUGCUCGCGUCGCUUUAGGUAUCACAACUGUGCUCACAAUGACGACAAUCUCCACAGGAGUACGUCAGUCACUCCCUCGCAUCAGCUACGUCAAAAGUAUAGAUGUUUAUCUGGUGAUGUGCUUCGUUUUCGUAUUUGCUGCUUUACUUGAAUAUGCAGCUGUUAACUAUUCCUACUGGGGCAGAAGAGGAGAGGGAGGAGGAGAGGAAUGGCCAGCGAAUAGCACAAACAAAGAGGAUCAAGAAAGUGCUGUAAAUAUGAAAAGUUGGGGAGUGCCGAGCAGUUUCAUGGAUGAGCUGCAACAAUCUUCAGCUGAUCCACGCGCUCCGAAGCUGAACUCUGCUUCAACAACUCCAGCAGAUGCAAAUGCAACGAAUCGCAAGCGACCUGCAAGUCCUAUACAGUCUUUGUGCCCUUCAGGAGGAGAUGGCCUCGACGAUUCACCGGACUACCCCAGAUAUACAACAAUACAAGGAUUGAAAGCACGAAAAUCAUUGACGGCUAGGACUCGAAGGCAGCUCAGAAUGACUAGGAUGCGAGCUGCUACUAUGAAAAAUUCGUUGCGUAAAAUAGGGAAGCGAGCUCGAAAAGUGUUACCAACUAUUCGCGUGCGAGACGUCAAUGUCAUUGACAAAUAUUCAAGAAUUGUCUUUCCUGUUUGUUUUAUUGUUUUCAAUGUUUUCUACUGGGGAUACUAUUCGAUAAUUCAGUUGUGA